AUGGCACCCAAAGGAGACCGACAAGCCCGCCGUGAGGAACCGCUGCCCGAAGUCAAGCUCCCGUCUCCAAAAGAACCCUCUCUCGCCACCACACAACCGCAUGUCGCACCCGCACAAGCCACCAAACCGAAGACGAAGCGCGCCAAGUCGUCCGCAUCCAACAAGCGGAAACAGGCGCAGGUCGAGGCGGCGCUUGAACGGGCUGGCAAGCUGGAGAAGCGGAAGACGGAGGUUGGGAACAAGAAGGAGAUGAAGAAGAAGGUUCGCCAGCUGUGGAACUAA